GCACACUGGCAAUACAGAAUCCGUGUGCGUCCUACCAGGCAACGAAUAGGUACCAUCAACUACAGAAAACUGUUGCAAGGGGUAGUUGGUGUUAAAACCUCGCUUUAUCUCUAAAGGAAGCCUUCACUUUGUGGAUAAUUUCGUGGACUUUUCUUUCUUUGAAGAAAUGUGUACGACCUUCAGAGAACCUUUCGUCAGUAUUUCUAUUUCGCCUUGCGCCGUGCUCAAGUCAUUGUCUUAUAUUGUAACAUAUCUAUAGUAGCGUUUUUAUUACCUUUUCCAUUAGGUUUCCUUUUUUGCUGUAGCCUCGCCGUUCACGUUUUUUUCGUUGUUUUUUCCCCCUCUGGUGCCACUUCGGGCUGUUUCGUGGAAGAUUUUGGCAAAGGUUUAUUUGUUUAUGACCAACGUUCCAUCAACUGCAUCUUUGUAGCGGGUGACUUCUCUUUUCUGUACAUUCUUUCUAUUUAUUUGCACUCAUUGAAAAUAUAACAUGGAUACCUGUCUUGUUCCUUGGAGCUGUUGAACAAAUUUGAACCGACGAAAACAGGAGAACAGACACCUGUUGUCAACUGAAGUGCCCGACCAUGUCUCAAGCCGAGGUGGACAUGGCAGGACUUGGGUUCUCUCAGUUGUCAAGCAGUUUCGAUGCUGACACAUGCUUCCCACCCAGAAUACCACCAAGGCGAAGGAGACAUUCGGCAAACUCGAGACGAAAUGCCUACAGGUUGAACAAAAUUCACACCAUGGAUAUGGAAACUCCGGAUUUCGGCGCUCCUUUAACCAAGACGCUAUCCUGGUCCGCUGACAACAUCUUGUCAGAAAGUACGACCGAUGAGAAGAAGGCAGAUUCUUCAUCUUCCUCCACGGACUCACCUGAGUCUAGCAGCUGCAGUAGCAGCUCCACUGCAACCACGCAGGACUCUGACCCUCUGCCCUCGCUAGGGGAAUGGAAGGUCGGGGAGCCCAGCUCCAAAGCUCUCGCUAGCAGCUCAGAGUCGGAGGAGGAGAGUGCCCGGAAAAAGGUGGCUUUGUCCAGCGCUCAAUUCGAGAGCAGGUGGGAACAGGAGGAACGGGAUGAGGUGGAGACCAAGGCCGUGGCCACUUCACCUGACGGCAGGUUCCUCAAAUUCAACAUAGAAAUCGGGAGGGGAUCUUUCAAGACCGUAUACAAAGGACUAGACACGGAGACUACUGUGGAGGUGGCUUGGUGCGAACUACAGACGCGUCGUCUGACCAAGGUGGAGCGCCAGCGCUUCAGUGAGGAGGUGGAGAUGCUGAAGGGGCUGCAGCACCCCAACAUCGUGCGCUUCUACGACUCCUGGAAGUCCACCGUCAAGGGACACAAGUGCAUCCUGCUGGUCACCGAGCUCAUGACCUCAGGCACCCUCAAGACGUACCUGAAGCGCUUCAAGGAGAUGAAACUGAAGCUUCUUCAGCGCUGGAGCCACCAGAUCCUGAAGGGGCUGCACUUCCUGCACACGCGCACGCCGCCCAUCAUCCACCGAGACCUCAAGUGUGACAACAUCUUCAUCACCGGGCCAACGGGCUCCGUUAAGAUCGGGGACCUUGGACUCGCUACGCUCAAGAGUGCAUCCUUCGCCAAGAGUGUUAUAGGCACCCCUGAGUUCAUGGCUCCGGAGAUGUAUGAGGAGAAGUAUGAUGAGGCGGUGGACGUCUACGCGUUCGGCAUGUGCAUCCUGGAGAUGACCACCUCUGAGUACCCCUACUCCGAAUGCCAGAACGCAGCACAGAUCUACCGCAAAGUCACCAGCGGCAUGAAGCCGGACAGCUUCUUCAAGGUCAAAGUGCCGGAGCUCAAGGAGAUCAUAGAGGGCUGCAUCCGCACCGACAAAGACGAGAGGUACACCAUUCAGGACCUGCUGGAGCACACCUUCUUCCAGGAGAAUAACGGCGUGCACGUGGAGCUGGCGGAGGAGGACGGCAUGCAGAAGUCGGAGCUGAAGCUGUGGCUGCGCAUGGACGACACCAAGAAGCUGCACGGCAAAUACAAGGACAACAACGCCAUCGAGUUCCUCUUCGAACUCUACAAGGACGUGCCCGAAGAGGUCGCACAGGAGAUGGUGGUCCUGGGCUUCGUGUGCGAGGCAGACUACAAGCUGGUUGCCAAGGCGAUCCGCGACCGUGUGACGGCCAUCAAGCGCCAACGCGAGAAGCAGCGUCGGCAGGCUGAGGAGGCGCAGAGGAGGCGGCAGGAGGGGGUCAUCGAGGAGGAGCCAGAGCCACCGCCCGAAGACACCACGUCCACCGUCACCACGGUCACCACUACCACGGCAACCAGCGCUAUGGGCACGGCGACUACCACACCCGCCGCACCUGCUGCUAAUACUACCGCCCCCGCCCCGACACCUACUCCCACAGUCCCGGCAGCCCUCCCUGCCUCUCGCACCCCUCCAUCCACCACCUCCUCCUCCUCCUCUUCAUCCCUCCUGUCCUCCGACAUCCCCUCGCUAUCCCCCUCCACCACCAUCACCUCCUCCAUGACCUCCUCCAUGGUGGCUCCCCAGGUGCCCCCUCCCACCCUGAUGGUGUCGGGCCCCCAGCCCCAGUCCUCGACCACCCCCACCCCCAGUCAGAGCCAGACACCCACCCCCUCCACCGCCAGCUGUUCCAUAGACUCGGGCAUCCACGGCAGCUUCGCCACCGAGCCGGACGAGCAGGAACCGGAGCAGCCGGAGCAGUUUAGCAUCCACCACGCUAGCUACUCCUCUGCGACAUCGGACUGUGAGACGGAUGGCUACCUUAGCUCGUCCGGUCUGCACGAGGGUUCCGAGGGUCCGCCGCCAGGACAGCCCACCUCCCUGACCUCCGUACCAGUUCCCACGGCAACCUCUCUGCAGAGGCCCCGCCCAGGAAGUCCGCACGGUGUGGCCGACGUCCCACCAGAGGCAGCCCUUCGCUUCCCCUCAAGCAUUGCGGUGCAUCAUGCGGAGAGGCCUCAGUCAGGCUUCGGGAGCGGCUUCAACUCACCUGUGGAAAGCUAUGCCUCUGAUGUGACCUCGGGUCUGAGUGACGGCUACGAGGGCCUAUCAGAGAAGAGCGCAGACGGGGCCCAGAAACGAACAGGUGGCAAGCUGCUCAGGAGGCGGACCCGCUCUCGUCUACGCAUCACCGGGCUUUCUGAUAAAGUGGACCGUGUGGUGGAGUGCCAACUGCAAACCCACAACAGCAAGAUGGUGACCUUCAAGUUCGACCUUGAUGGAGAUAACCCCGAGGACAUUGCCGCUGUGAUGGUCCACAGAGAGUUCAUCCUGCCCGUGGAGCGGGAGGGCUUCAUCCACCGUAUGCGUGACAUCAUCAAGAGGGCGGAGGCUCUGAUGAGGAGAGAGCCAAUCGGCUUCCUGCAGGGGGAGGGCUCUCGGCUGCCUUACCUUAGCGGCGCUGGCACUCUGUCUGGAUCUCAGCCAAACCUGCACACACACAGCCUGGGACGGACACACUCGUCCUCCUCUCUGCCAGACUAUGCCAAUGCCAGUGUUGCCCAGCGUCUGCCAGGCUCCUCCUCCUCCAGUCUGGCAGGAGAGUUCUUCCUGGACGCCGAUGGAGCACCAAUCACACGGCCCCUACGCUCACAGUCCUUCCACACCACCUCAGGCUCGUCCCAGUCCCAGUACUACCCUGGCGCUCCGCACUACCACGCCCCUUACUCCCACCCCGACUCCUUGCCCCUCCUGAUGCCCCCCCAGGGGUACAUGCCAAACGCCCACUACCACUACAACCUGCCCCAGGGCCACCACCAGCAGCAGCAGCAGGGGCAACAGAGCUCCAGCAAACCCCCCAUGGGCCCCCCUCCCCUGGUCCGGACCCCCAGCUCUGGCAGCCUACCCACUCUCUCCCCCACCUCCUCCAUGUCCAACAUACAACAGGUGGGGUCAGAGGUCAUGCUGGGUGCUGAUGGUGCCCCCGCCGGCAUGUGGCCCCCUGACAACCAGCCCCUCUUCUCGUUAGCCAAUGUGCUCUCCCUGGCCAUGAGCGUGGCCCACUCCUUCAUGCCACCCCCCUCGUCCAUGCCCGGCGGAUACCACCCCCACGCCCAGGUCACCGGCUACCCGCCCGUCUACGCCCCCCAGAACCCCCCCAUGAUGGGGCACUACCUGGACAUGCACCAGUACACGGAUGGUGGUUCCAACUCCGGUGGACCAGGUGGACCAGGACUCCCCCCACCCAUGGCCUACCAGAUGCCCAUGUUGGAGGCCCUGGAGGCUGGGUACGGCAGCCGGCCCGCGGGGGGGUCCAUGGGGGCGCUCAGGGUGUCCCCUCCAGCUGCCCAUCCUGCUGGGGGUCCAGCGCUCCUGACGGGGUCCGUGGACAACCUCCAGAGUGCCCUGCUGAGGGCGAGACAUGCCAACUUCACCGAGUCCAUGUUUCCUGCCUCUGCUCCCACUGCUGCCGGCGCCAUUACUAGCGCUGCUGCUGCUGCCGGCAUUACUUUCACUGCUGCUGGUACUACUUCUACUGGUACUACUGCUACUGCUACUGCUACUGCUACUACUGCUGCCUCAGUUUCAGCUACUGUUGCUGCUCCUGCUGUGUCUGUGUCAUCGGCUCCUGGAGCUCCGGUGGGGCCCAAGGGGGAGCCGGUGGUCUCCAGCCCAGGAGAGGUGCGCCGACAACGGGCAGGCAGCUCCUCCCCCGCCCCCUCAGCCCCCACCUCCACCUCCUCAUCGCCAGCCUCGUCAGGACCCUCCAGCCCCCAGAAUACGGUCUCAGGCCCGAGCCAGGUUUCUGCUGCCCCACUAGCCGUGAGUGAACCCAGCAGCAGCAACACUGCAGCAGCAGCAGGCCGCCUCCCUCCCAUCUCUGAGGAGGGGGAAAUUUGCCAGGAGAAUUUGAUCGCACCAGACUCUAAUGAGAAAAAGCCUGUCACUGUUGGCCGGUUCCAAGUGACUCCAAGUGUGGUGGCAACCCCCGCCCCUGCCCCUGCCCCAUCACCCCCCACACCAGCCCCCACGCCGACCGCCAAGACCACCCCACCACCUCCCGUCGUGGUCCGUCCCCCAACCCCUCCCCCGGUGACGCCCACGCCCGCCAGCAGCGAAUCGGACAGCAGCACGGAGGACCAGGGCGAAUCGGAGGCCACCGUCACCAUCUCAUCCCCCAACAGGCAGCAAGAAGACCAAACCCCUUCUCCCGGAGAGCAGGAGGAGGAAGAGGAGGAGAGGAGCCCAGAAGAAGAGCAAAAGCAACACACAGAACAGGAUCGUCACGAGGAGCUAGAUGGGGAGGUGGUGACGUGUGUUUAUGGUGGGGAGGAGGAGCAAGGGCAGGAGGAUGAGGAGGGGAGGGUGAGGAGGCGGGAGGGAGGUGGCACAGGGGGGCGGCGCAUCAGCCUGAGCCUGUGGGAGGGCACGGCGGGCAGCCCGCAGAUGACCUUUGCCCCCCAGCAGCCCUGGAUGAGCUACACGCGCUCCGCCUCCUACGCCAGCAGCGACGACACCGAGAGCGACGACGACGACAUGUGGGAGGAGCUACAGCAGCUGCAGCUCAGGCACCUGACGGAGGUGCAGGCCCUGCAGGCAGCCCAGAAGCGUGAGAUAGAGGAUCUGUAUGAGCGGAUGGGCAAGGUGCCGCCCCCCGGCAUCGUGUCCCCCGCCGCCAUGCUCAACAGCAGCCGCCAGCGCCGCCUCUCCAAGAGCAGCGGCUACCCCCCCUCACGCAGGAACAGCCUGCAGAGACUAGACGUCAUGCCGCCCCCUGGCAUCAUGAGGAAGAACUCUGUGAGUGGCAGCAGCAGUGGCUCACAGGAGAGGAACGCAAAAGCGGUCACCUUCGCACCCGAGUUCAACCGCAUGUGAGCUUCUGCACGUCAAGACACGCCACGCCAGCAACAGGAUGUGAUGUCACAUAAGGCCUUCCUGUUUCUCUUUAAGAGUAAAAUACAAGGAGGCAGGACUGAGCUGGACACGCACACACACACAUGCACACACACACACACACACACACACACAAACACACAUAUGUACAGAGUAGUGGUCAAAGACAAGCUUUCUAGAGAGCUGAUAGAUACAGACACUGCUACGGAACCACGCGGCACAGCGUGGUGUAAGUGUGUAUAGUGUGACUGAUAAUGUGUGUAUUAUACGUGUGUAUAUCGCAUCUUUUUAUCCAGGCAGUGGAAUCAAAAGAUUCCUCCCUCGCCCUUAACCCCCUUCUCCUCAAGUGAUCUCAAAGUCUCUUAAUGUCUUCUCUUUACUUUGCACUUUCGUCUCUUACUUUGAUGAGUUGCCUCUCUGUCUGUUGAAUGUAGCCUUGGCGCCCUCUUGUGGCGGCUCUACGUAUGUGCACCUUUCACUGGCUGCCUAUUUCCGUUGUUGUGAGGACAGAGCUUGCCAUUGGGCACUCUCGUGCUCCUACCAGCUCUUUAAGUUUAUCUUGCUGUUUAUUUGUAAGCUUUACUUUAGCUGUAUACAAGCUGCUUGUUUUUUUUCCUUUCUUUUUUUCCAUUCUAUUGAUCAUUUUUAAAUCAUUUUAAUUCUAUAAUAAGAUCAAGACAAGCAUAUAUCAGAAUGGCAUUGGAGCACUCAGAGAACAAACAUUUGAAGCAAACUGAUUAUUUAAUGUUUCAUGAAAUUGUGAGUCAAAGAUAAAAAAAGAACUGACAAACAAAACACUGAAGAAAUGUAUUCAAGGUAAAAGAUGACAAUGUUUUUCUUUUUGUAUAUAAUAUUAUUGUUGUUGGCUUUGUACAUGACAACGCACAAGACGUACGCUUGUGUCUUCAUCUACGUAGAAGGCCAGGGUUAUUUUACUUUCUUGAUGGCUGUCUCACCCCCCAGCCUGCUGACUUGCACAGACAACCCAAAGCACAGGGGCCAACCAAAGCGUCAGGAUCUCGGGACGUGAAACCCAAAGAUCGCUUGGUACCCAAAGCCCUGGUCACCCGUUCAGAUUGUAAAUGCAGUGAAGUGUCCUCUAUGAGUUCACAUGCAGCGCAGUACACACACUACAGAAUGAGCACACUAAACCACAUACAGAAAGCAGAUUGCACAACAGACAGCACACCCUACCACAAAGACACUCUAUAUUUUACACACACACACCAGCAUGCACACCUCGCAACAUACACACGUACACCACACACACACACACGCACAUACACACACAUACACACACACACAGGCACAUCACAUAAACCUUCCAGCAUACACUGUACCUGAUGCACGUGCUGUGUCUCAUAUGGUGUACUUGUGCACUUCAUGCACUAUGUUUUUGUGCACAAUUAAUACGCUAUACGCACUGAAACAUGAACAAUGAAGUGCACAAGUGCACCAUUUGAGAUCCAGCAACACACUGACUAUUAGCACACAGAACCUUUGGCAUACAGAUAGAGAUAGUUGCUAAUCCAUUGUCCUCGCAUGCCCUUAAUCUGUUAUAACACGCUAAUCUGUCCCAGAUCCCAAAUUAAACUGAUCCAGACACCUUCUUUAAUCCAGUUGGGGUGCACAAGUCUGUACCAAAGAUCUCCAACAUCUCACGGCUAUAGCCAGGACCAUAGAGAAUAGAGUAGGGUAGAGUAGUCAGUGGAAAGCAAACUGGUCCACUUCAGAAAGAAUUGGCCAGGGAUGACUGGAGCACUCAGAUACUUUUUAGUUAUGACUGGACUUCCCUUUUCCUAGGGUAGAGUAGUGUUGAGUAGAGUGGCCUGUAUGUCACUAACAAUCUACCCACGACACAUCCGAUUCCUGAGGGUGACAAUCUAUCAUCAUAUGCAUACAAUACUAAUGCCAUACGAAUGUAAAGUCAUAUGCAUGUCUCUUUAAAAGUGCCGUUCUUUUUGUGUAGUAACGUGAAGGAUCGUUUGUUAUCAUAGUUUUUGUUAAAUCAGUGGAAUUGCACUAGUGCCCUCUUAUUACAGUCUCCAUUUUGAUUGGCUGUGAGCAAUCAUGUGAUCGGUCCGCAUAUCCUCUCGCAUGUCCUCCCCUUAGAAAGAAUUAAGGAAACUCCUGGAGAAAAAGUGCUAUAAAACUGCAAAUAAAAUAGAGUUACAGAUUUGCAGCACAAUUGUGCAACAUAUGACAAAACACAUAGUACAUUAUACAAUGUAGUGUGCAAGAUUGUAAGCGCAGAUUUGUGAGCAUAGUGAAACAGAUUUGGGUUUGUGUUGUGUAUGUAUAUAUAUAUGCUUGACAUAUCCUCUACUCACUCCACUGUCUUAACUGCUUAAAACACUUUACUGCUGGCGGCCAUGAUAGAUUAUCAGUCAGUCACAGAAGGUUGCUGAUCAUGUGAUUGUGGUCAUCGUCUAGGGUAUGUUCGCUCCCAGAGUACUCUCUCUUUUUUGUGAUCAAUUUUGUUUAUUGUUUUUUUUUUCCAUUCAUAAACCAAACUACCAAAAAAAAGUACUACCACCAAAAAAACAUACAAAAGACAACACAAAGGAAGACAUACAGCCACAUAGAUCUGAAGUUCGUGGAUUGUUUGAGUGUAGAUGUAGUGAAUGGUGUGUAGAAGGUUAUGUUGUCUGAGACAGAGUACUCCAUAAGUGUUGAAUUAACCCUUUCAAACUGUGUUCAACUGUGUACGCAGUCGAUCCUACACUGACUGAUCGCAGUCAGUGAUUACCCAGUGAUUAUGGUGCCCCCAGGUGGCUGUCAUGGCUCACAGCAGCCACUGGUGCCCACAAGAGGGCAUCAACACGAGUGCAUAAACGUUCUGCCGACUUAACCGCAAUGAUGUAUGCUGAGUCAAAGAGGGUCGAGAGCCACACACAUUCACACAGGGGUGGGCAUCCAGGGUUCAGGAAGUAAACACCCUGCCACAAAUGUGCUUCGGCCGUUUCAAUGAACCGGCAGAUCUUGCAGUAAUUACCACACCCGUUCAGCCAGAUUGAUGAGAUUAUUAGUGAAACCCUCUGUUAGCACCAAACACAGAGGGAAUAUCUGGCAGGACUUUAACUUUGUCACGCCAAGUUUGUCCGCGCUUGCCCAGUUUGUCCGACCCGACACAUUCAGCACUAUCAAGACUGGUCUAGUGCAGGAUGUCUAUCAGUUUUCCAGCUGCCCAGGCCAAUUGUAUCCCCCAAUCGAUCUUAUGUUGUUAUAUCUGAGCUGACACAAUGCACUUUCCCCCGACGGAUCUUCAGAUAAGUUGACGAUGCCAUGUUUGGUCCUGUAAAUAGUAACAAUGGUGCAUUUAAAGAUUUUUUUGUUUGUUUUUUUAAAAGAUGCACAUAUAGCCUUCUUGUAUGUUCAGAUAUAUACAGUGUAUUACGUGUAUUAUUUUAUUGUGUGCUUCGGCCUAUGCAGUCGUGUUCGAAGGAAAUACAGAUUCAAAAUAAAACAAAAACAAAGAAAUACAAAAGAAGUUCAAAUGAAGCUGUGAACACUGCCUCGGAAUCAGUAUAUUGUAAAAAAAAAAAAAAAACAUUGCGGUGCGACACAGAUUGUAUUCUUCUAAGAAAAAAAGAUUUAUAUAUUUAGAUAUGAGACGUAUUAUAUUCUGUUAGAUUAUGAUGUUGUACUGCCAUGCAGCUUCUGUGCCUUUUGAGUUCUUUUUUUACCCCAACAGCUUGAUUGUUGUUUCCGAAAUCAUGUUUGUAAAUAAUGAAAAUACAUGCAAUUUUUA